GAAUAGUGAGCGCGCCGCCGCCCCGCCCGCCGGCGCAGACCCCGAGCGCGGCCGCGGACGAAGAUGGCGACCGCCAUGUACUUGGAGCACUACCUGGACAGCAUUGAGAACCUUCCCUGUGAACUUCAGAGGAACUUCCAGCUGAUGCGAGAGCUGGACCAGAGGACAGAAGAUAAAAAAGCAGAGAUCGACCUCCUGGCUGCAGAGUACAUCUCCACGGUGAAGACCCUGUCUCCGGACCAGCGGGUGGAGCACCUGCAGAAGAUCCAGAUUGCCUACAGCAAGUGCAAGGAGUACAGUGACGACAAGGUGCAGCUGGCCAUGCAGACCUAUGAGAUGGUGGAUAAACACAUCCGGAGGCUUGAUGCUGACCUGGCACGCUUUGAAGCAGAUCUGAAGGACAAGAUGGACGGCAGUGACUUUGAGAGCACCGGGGGACGAGGGUUGAAAAAAGGUCGGGGUCAGAAAGAAAAAAGAGGCUCCCGGGGCCGUGGUAGGAGGACCUCAGAAGAAGAGACUCCUAAGAAGAAGAAACACAAAGGAGGGUCUGAAUUCACGGACACCAUCCUGUCUGUGCACCCCUCGGACGUGCUGGACAUGCCUGUGGAUCACGAGCCCACCUACUGCCUGUGCCACCAGGUGUCCUACGGGGAGAUGAUCGGCUGCGACAACCCAGACGUGCUGUCCAUCGAGUGGUUCCACUUCGCCUGCGUGGACCUCACCACAAAGCCCAAAGGAAAGUGGUUCUGUCCACGAUGUGUUCAGGACAAGAGGAAGAAGAAGUGAGGCGCGCUGUCCUUCCGUGGCACACCCACACACUCCUCGUCCAUGUUGCAAUUCUUUCUUCAUUUUAAAACUACCUUAUUUGACUGAUAUUAAUAACUCGAUGGCCAGUUGUAAUUCUGGAUAUUUCUUAAACGGG